UCUGUAUUCAAGUCAGGUGACAGGCACAACACAGCUAAAUGGUCGCGCGAUUCUGUGACAGUCCUCUUUCACACGAUUGCCUUCACCGUGAGAGGACACGCUCGCGCUUCACCUUUUUACCACAACAAGUCCUUCUUGUUAUUAACGAAAAUGGCUCAAGAAAAUCAUGUUUCAUCUGUAGCUGAGGGAGACACCUUUCUCUUCACAUCAGAAUCCGUUGGAGAGGGACAUCCAGACAAAAUCUGUGAUCAAGUGAGUGAUGCGGUUCUUGACGCUCAUCUUGCUAUUGACCCUAACGCAAAGGUCGCCUGUGAAUGUGCCUCAAAGACCGGUAUGAUCAUGGUGUUUGGUGAGGUGACGUCUAACGCCCAUGUGGACUACCAAUCGUGUGUAAGGAAUGCCAUUAAAGCCAUAGGAUAUGAUGACUCGUCUCAAGGUUUUGACUAUGAUACCUGUAAUGUGUUAGUGGCCAUUGAGCAGCAAGUACGUGAGAUUGCACAAUCAGUUCACGUAGGAAAGGCUGAAGAUGAUAUAGGUGCCGGUGAUCAGGGAUUAAUGUUUGGUUAUGCCAGUGAUGAGACAGAGGAGUGCAUGCCUCUGACUGUAGUGUUAGCCCAUGCUCUUACACGUAAAAUGGCUGAAAUCAGACAUGGAGGAGACAGAAGGCUUCGACCUGACUGUAAAUCACAGGUUACCGUAGAAUAUAAGAUGGACAGGGGAGCUUGUGUACCUCUACGUGUCCACACCAUCGUUAUCUCCACCCAGCAUUCACCCGACAUCACUCUACCAGACCUUCAGAAACUUCUCAGGGAACAGGUCAUCGAUGUCGUCAUCCCAAAGAAAUACCUUGACGAGAACACCGUCUACCAUCUGAACCCCUCAGGGUCUUUCAUCGUCGGCGGCCCCAAGGGUGAUGCCGGCCUUACUGGAAGGAAGAUCAUCGUUGAUACCUACGGAGGGUGGGGCGCCCAUGGCGGAGGUGCCUUCUCUGGCAAGGACUUCUCCAAGGUGGAUAGGUCCGCAGCCUAUGCUGCUCGCUGGGUAGCCAAGUCUCUGGUCAAGGCAGGACUUUGCAAGCGUGUUUUAGUUCAGGUUUCGUAUUCUAUUGGUAUCUCCGAGCCAUUGUCUAUCUCAGUUUUCCAUUAUGGAACAUCAGAGUACUCGGAGAAAGAACUCCUUCGUAUUGUUAAGAGGAACUUUGACCUCAGGCCUGGCGUCAUUGUCAAGGAUCUGGACCUGAAGAAACCCAUCUACCGAAAGACCGCCACCUUUGGUCAUUUUGGCCGUUCGGAAUUCACCUGGGAACAGGCUAGGAAACUAGAACUCUGAGCAAGCCAAACCAUUCUUGGUCUAACAGGACUUUAUGGGCAGUAUUGUCCCUACGGGAGUGAACUAACCCUGGACAUAAUGGUGUGUGUAGAUAGGUACACUAGCUUCAGCUGGCUCCUCUUUGGAACAUGUGGAAGAACGCAAAUUUAUAUGUAUAUAUUAUAUAUCUGUAUAUUCUAUCAAAAGUUAAAUGAAUCAAAUUUCUGAGACAAAAGACUUGCAAUUUCGAAUUCCCUCCUUUUGGUGAAGACACAAAUUGUUAAUUUUGUAAAGAUACGUCGGCACAAUGUUGCAUAUUGACUAGUACAGCACUGUGAUGAUAUGUUUACUAGUGCUAUGAUCAUAAUCUGUGAAUAUAUGGAUAUUGACUUCUGAAGGUUCUUGAUCUUCAUCAUAGGGAAUAUGACUGUCAAUAUUUGAUCUAUUUGAUGAAGUAUUCAACGUCAUACACUGCACGCAAUUUUCAUCAUUUAUAUUGUUAAUAUUUACAUGUAACUAAUAGUUGAAGUGUGGUGUCAUAGGAUCAUAUGAUUUACAAAUUUACUUUCAGAGCGUGUGUCUAGUUUCGGCACACAUAUGGAAAAGACAGUAAGAUGACUAUUUCUAUUCAAUAUCUGAUUAAAUUAUUGACUUUGUUAAACCUUUUGUGCAUUUACAAUAUGCCUGUGAGGGAUUGAAACAGUUUGGAUGUAGAAAUGAGCAAGAUUUAGCACUCAGUAUAAGAAUUGGCUUAAUGUAGUAUUAACGAGUGCUGAUUGUUGUUCAUGGUUUGUGAUGUUGAAGAGAGCCUCCAAGAAUAGGGCUUAAAUGACCCUAGGCUUGUCAACAAGAUAUGGUAUCUGCGUCCUGUCCAAAAGCUCAGAGUCACGGGCAUAACAAAAAUUGUAUGCUUGAUACCCCAAACAAAGUUUCCUGGAGAACUGAUUUUGACGUUCAAGUAUGAGAUGUUGGGUAACUUCAGAACCUCGUGCCCUUGAUGUCACUAAUGUGGUCUCAAAAUACGUGCGAGACUUGCGAAAGGAAGAAAGCCAAACAUCGCAGGGGCUCGCUCGCUCUUUGCUUAAAGUCGUGCGAAAAAUUGGAGGAGAGAUUCUGCCCUCACCCCUUCUCUGCCUUUUAUGGUGAAGGAGGAGAAGGGUGAAGUGAAAAUCCAGUGCUACAGUUAGUUAUUUAUUUCUUUAUCAAGAGAAAUAGGAGGUGACUUCAGUGUUUGUACUAUGAAAGUAAUUGAAUCUAACUUCAGAUAGUCUUCUAAGAAUCCAUUAGUCUUAUGUUAAUACCAAAUUAGUGUGCAAAGGUUCAGCUUUAAGCUUAGCUUAAUUUACCAUUUUUAUUUGCUGUAUUAGCUUUUUGUGGAUUACAUUUUCACAAAGUAUAGGAGCUUCAGCAUUUUCUGCUUUUUCAGCUCUUUGUAAUCCUUCACAUCCCUGUAUAUUAAUAUGACUAAAAGUAUUCAUUUUAUUGUGUUAAUAUUGAUAUGAUUAAUAGUAUUCAUUUCAUUUUUACCAAGCUGGUCAUGUAAUUUGCAUCUUAGUAUUAUUUUAAUAGAGAAUGUUUGAUUAGUAAUUCUUGUUCGAUUAAUUUCAGUCACUUUAUAUACUAGCAAAAUAAUGUGAGCGUGUUCCAAUCUCAUAUCUUAUAUAGAGUACUAUCAAAGUCUGAAUUCUAAUAUUCUUGGGUGUGUCCAGCGAGGUCUCGUUGAAAUAACUUGGUUUAAGGCUUUAUUUUUUAACUUCCUUUACAAACAUAUAAUUCUAAUGUAUAAAAUUCUGUGGUGUAUUAUUCUGAAAUACUAAUAUAUUGCCAUCUCAGUAUGGUGAUUGCGUUAUUGAUUUGUAUCGGCAUUUACUGAACGCAUUGGUCUAAACAAUAUAAGUCUAGUAGCCAGGUUAUCGUUCUUUGGUAACAGACCAGACACUUGGCAUUCAAACGUCAUGAUUUUAUUUCACGUUAAUUGUGCUACCUCACUGUUCUUUUCUAUUAGAAAAAUGAAGUAGUCCACAAGUGGGGUGUUUCACAAAUAUUAAAGUGCAACUAUAAAAACUGCGCACUUUAUUCUCUGUGUGAAACAGAGCAUCACUGCAUUGGUGAGAUCAAUUGCUAGUUUUCAAUCGUGGAAAUGCUAGUAGCAGAGAGAAAUGUACCUUUCGAAUUCUUGUUGUCAUUGCCGAUUAUAAUGCACUCCUGUUCUGAUGUUUAUUUGUAUCAGUAUCAACUGCAAUAGAUCAUGUUAUGUUCAUUUUUUAAAUCAGUUUAAUUUUUGAACAUGGGGUAUUCCAGUGAGUCUGAUGAUUUGCAUAGUUAUUGUUUACCGUGUAAAUUUUCAUGAAAAACAGAUUAACUUCACUCAGUAUAAUACAUAUAGGAACCGGUUUUGAUAUGAAGUCGACCAGGACAUUUAACAAAAUGAAUUUAACUCCACUGAGCCAGAAGAAAGGAGUGGCAACAGCAUUUAAAAUCUUUAAAUGUGUUUCAGUAUAAUGUAUGACAUGUUUCUGCUAGUUUAUCAAAUUUAGUGAAUUCUAUUGCAUUUUUUGGAAAACAAUGGAAAUAAUGUACAUAGGUGAUGUUUUACCCACUCCAAGAUAUAUAAAGCCCUUUGUGUGUUUAAUUGAUCCUCUUCUCUCAUCAAUUGAGGAUUGAUUUUCAAAACAUUAUUGUAAGACCUCAUCUAAAAAAAAAUUCCUUAUUAAAAAAAAAUUCAAUUAUAUGCAGUGGCUCUUGCGUACCAUUCCAAGAAAAGCGAUGCAUUUACAAUCAAGAAACGAGAAGGUUUAAACAGCAUUUAAUGACCGUUUCUUUAAAUAAUGUUCUGUGGUCAAUGUAAGAAUCAGUACUAGCUGUGGGAGCUACAAUGUACGUAUCAUCGGCAUGAGUUGAGUAAUCCCUGACAUGUAACUCGUAGCAUUUUUUCAGCUAACCCUGUGAAAAAGUAGCAUGAUUGAUCUCUUGGAAGUCAAUUUUUGUUGUCGCAAAAAGAAUGGACAUGUAAAGAGUUACCUGUAAAAAUGCAAAGCGUUUGUGAUUGAAACCAUCCCAACUCUAUCAUGUUGUAAGUCCGUAAGUCUAUUGUUUGAAUAUGAUACACUCCUUUACAAUAAUACUUCUUUUAUUAUUAUUUGAAACAUGGGUGUGAUACAUUCCCACCACAAUCCUAAAUGUAGAAUGACCAUCUCUGUAUGAAGACCACUUGCAGUAAAUUUAUUGGUUAAAUUGAGCAUCAUCCCAGGAGCAUACUUACACUUUAAAGUGAAUCUUUUUAUAAUGGAAUUACAUUCCAAGUAAGCUGUCUCUUCUGCUCCUAUUAGUUCAUCGACCUUUAUGAAUGUGCCUUUGUACACGUUGUUAAGUUGUUAUAUCAAAGUACUGCUCUAUCUGCAAGGCCAAGGAAUAUAUCAAUCUAAUCAGAUUGCUGAUACCAAAUUGUUUUUAUAUUGCAUUAAGGCACAGGGAUGAUUGUAUUCGAAGUGAUUAUGACCAGUGAUGUGGGUAUUCUUUGUGUAGCAAUGAUUAACCUUAAUCAGGCUGGGCUGGUAGACCCAUGGAUGGGAGGGGUGUUGUGGACGCCACCCAAAGAUGUUUCGCGCACAGUGACUCUGGAUCGUUCUGACUAGACAAAGCUGGGGAGGGGUGGGGUAUUAUGUGUUGACACUGGUUCAACCCCAGCGGCUGAUGAGAACGUUCCGGUGCCACUAUUUUGCGCAAAAUGUCCGCAAUCGGAUCAAUGGCCAAGUUCUCAAGCGAGAGAUCUGCCAUCCCCAGCCUUUUUAGUGUUGGUGAAUAUCAUGUUCUCACAGACAGAAUCAUAACCAUUAUCUUUUUAUGUACAUUUACAAAUUAAAAAAAAUACUUUCAAAUGUGAA